AUGAGUCGUGCAGAGGUGGAUUUGCAGACUAGUGUCAAGAAAGCAUGCAAUACUGACGAAGUCCCACCAAAAAGAAAACAUGUCAGGGCAUGCAUUGUUUACACCUGGGAUCAUAAAAACUCAAGAGCUUUUUGGAACGCAGUCAAGAUUCAGCCCUUGCAGAGUAACGAGGUUCUGUUGUUCAAGGCAUUAAUCAUGAUUCACAAGGUUUUACAAGAGGGGCAUCCAAACACCUUGAAAGACGGGUACCGGAACCGGGAUUUUGUUGCCUCAUUGGCAUCGGUGUUCCCCAGUCAUGGACUGGCUUACGGUAGAUUGAUCAAUCAGUAUGACCGGUACAUUUUGCAAAAAUUGGAUUUUCAUCGUAACAAUCCUGGUUUCAACGGAACUUUCGAAUAUGAGGAGUACCUUUCAUUGCGAGCAGUCAGUGACCCCAAUGAAGGAUAUGAGUCUAUCUUGCAAUUGAUGGAUCUCCAGGAUCUGAUCAACGACUUGCAAAAGCUUCUUUUUGCUACUAUACAUCGCUCACAUGGAAACUUGUGCAAAGUCAGUGCGCUAGUCCCUUUGAUCACCGAGUCCUAUGGAAUUUAUAAAUUUUGUCUUUCAAUGCUUAGAGCAUUGUAUCAACAAUUAGGUGAAGACGAGGCUUUGACAGUAUUGUUUGACCGGUUUGAGUCACAACACUUUAUGUUGCGGGAUUUUUACACAGAUUGCCACUCAAUCAAGUUUUUAACCAGCUUGAUUACCAUUCCUCGUCUCCCAAAUAGCUCACCAGAUUUGAAAGUAGACGAAGAAGGUAGAGCAAUAGCUGGGGGAACCUCCAACGGGCAUGAGGUAGAGAGCAUUCCGAGAGAAAGAUCGGUCAGCAUAGAACCACCUAGCAUUCCUCCUUCGAUCUCUUCUGAACAGAUUCCUUCUCAACAAACGGGUAUCCUUUUCCAACAACAACAAGAGCAAGAGAACAUUCAAAGACAACUUGAGUUACAGCGUCAACAGCAACUCCAAGAACAACAAGAGCAACAACGCUUGUUUGAGCAGCAACAAAGAGAGCAAGAAAGACGCUUUUUGGAAGAGCAACAAGCUUUACAAAUGCAACAAACACAACAGCAGCAAGGACGUGUAGCUGAGUUGGAACACGACUUACUUAUGUUCAAGAACCAAUACGACAAUGAUCAGCAAUUGUUGCAGCAAUAUGACACAAGAGUCAAGACGUUGGAAAAUGAGAUGGCAGCUUUCAACAAUACUGCCACCCAGCAGGUCACGUCCAAGAAUGAACAAAUUCAAAAUUUAGAAGAACAAAUCGCAAAUUGGACGAAAAAGUAUGAGUCACUUGCUAAGCUUUACUCUCAGUUGCGUCAGGAACAUUUGAAUUUGUUGGCAAAGUUUAAGAAGAUUCAACAAAAGAUAAGCAGUGCUCAGGAGUCCAUUGCCAAGAAGGAAAAACUUGAAAAAGACUUGAAGGCCAAGAAUGUCGAAUUGGCCGAUUUAAUUAGAGAGCGCGAUCGGGCUAGACUUGAAUUGGAUAGAGUUAAGGCUUCGAAAGAUCUGGAAAUUGAAAAGUUAGAAACCGAAAUAAGAGACCUCAAUGUCUCGACUAAGGAAUCAAGUAAAUUGCAAAACAUGAACCUCACUACCAUCAUGUCAAAACACGAAGCAGAGUUGAACGAUUUGAAGGCUCAAUUGGAGCGGUAUUCUAAAAAUGGUGAGCCUGGAACAAUGGAAAGCUUACAAGAGCAAUUGAAGGACAGGGAGACCGAAUUGGAAAUAGCAAACCAAUCGCUUGAGGAAGCGUAUAAGGAGAUUGGACGUAUCAAGGGUGAUCAAGAUGAUAUUUUGAAUGCAGAGAUUGACCACAUUAUCAUGACGCAUAUUUCCAAGUUUAAGAGUUUGAUUGAUGUGUUUUUGGACAAUAGCAUUAGACGCAUUUUGGACAUCAAACAUGAGUUGACAUUGAACACGUUGGUGGGGACAAAUAACAACCUGUCUCCUGAAUACUUGUUGUCUGUGGUUGAACUUUGUUCCGAUACAGCUACCGACUUUACUUCAGCGUUCAAUGGCUACAUAGCUGAGGACAACAAUCAAGAUGAGGAAGUCUUUUCAGAAAUCAUUUUAUACAGUUCGUCAUUGGUCACGUAUUUGAAUGAUUUGACACAAACAGCUAAAAGCAUUUCUCAGGGCUCUUCUGGAAAGGAUGAAGAAAAUAUCUUGAGUCAGAUGAGGAGAGUGCUCGAUGACGCAGAGGAGUACUAUCAUGGCUUGAAAUCAGAAAAGCUUGAGCAAUUGGACGAUAAGGAGGACCGAAUCGAUCUGAUAAUAGAUAGCAAUCUCGAGUUACAGACGUCCUUGAAAGAAUUGGCAGGCUUGGUUGACUCUUUAAAGCUAUCAAGUGGUAUCCAGUUCAAAGGUGAUCUUGAGAGUCUCGUGAAUAAGGAGAUGCAACAAACUGUUGACGCCGUCAAUUCGGCCUCCAAGUAUUUGACUGAGUUGUUGAAGAACCCAAACAUUUAUGGAGGUAAUAUUGAAAUCCACGAGACGUUGAUUUCCUGCGCUAAAGCAAUAAUCGAUGCGGUGGCACGUUUGAUACAAGCUUCAGUAGAGUCACAACGUGAAAUUGUAAACAAAGGGAAGGGUACACAAUCGAAUACUGAGUUUUACAGAAAGAAUAGCAGGUGGACUGAAGGGCUUAUCAGUGCAGCAAAGGCGGUGGCAGGAGCCACUAACAUUUUGAUUCAAAUUUCUGAUGGUGUUUUACAAAAGAAAAACUCUCACGAAGAAUUGAUUGUUGCUUCAAAUGAGGUUGCUGCCUCAACGGCUCAAUUGGUUGCUGCGUCUAGGGUCAAGGCCAAUUUCAUGUCCAAAUCUCAAGACGCUUUGGAGACGGCUUCAGGUGAUGUUACUCGUGCAUGUAAGGCUCUAGUUAAGAAAGUUCAAGGAUUGUUGAGUGAUGACCAGCUGCAGAAUGAUAAUAUUGACUUGAGCAAGUUGACUCCUUAUGAAGGAAAGACUCUUGAGAUGGAGCAGCAAGUGGAGAUUUUGAAGCUUGAGAAUAAACUUCAAUCUGCGAGAAGAAGACUUGGAGAGAUUAGGAAACACGGCUACAAAGAUGAUGGUAGUGAUGAUGAUGACGAGUAG